AUGGCAAAGAAGAGAAAGGCCUCCGGCCAACCCAAGCCGAGCAAGGCAACUGCGCAGAGUUCGAAACUGGCCAUCAGCACCUAUCAAGAUGUCGCCGAUUCCGAGGACGAAUUUCACAUCAACCGCGAUAAGAUAUUGUUAGACGAAGGCCCCGAUGCCAAAAGGCGCCGGAAAUGGAAGGAACAAGACGAGCUUCUCGAAGCAUCCGAUGAAGAGGUCCUCAACUACGACGAGCAAUCAGACGACAACCAGGACGAGGAUGACUACGAUGAGCCCGCUGGCGAAAGAGACGCGGCAUCUGACUAUUCUGGCUCUGAGGCUCCUGCCGGUGAAGAGGACGAAGACAAUGAGGCCUGGGGUGCAUCGAAGGAGGAUUACUACGGUGCCGACGCCAUAGAAACGGAGGAGAAUGCGCUUGAGGAGGAGAAAGAGGCCAUUCAAACCCAGAAAAAGCAGCUGGAGCGCAUGACUGAGGCUGAUUUUGGCUUUGACGAGUCGGAAUGGCUGGAUGCAGAUCAAGAGGAGGAUGGCGAGGCAGACGGCGAGGUCGUUACGGAGGUCCUGCCGGAAGUACAAAUCACGGACGAUAUGGGCCCCGCUGAGCGACUCAAACUACUCAAGACAAGAUAUCCUGAGUUCGAGCCGCUGUCGAAAGAGUUUCUCGACCUGCAGCCUCUGCACAAUGAGCUUGCACUCGCCGCUGCCGCCGCCCGGAAAAUGCAACAACAACGAGCUGCCAGGGCUACCGGGCAGAACAAGAACCUCAAAACACCAGCCGCAGUCAUCAAGUACAGAGCUCUGGCUGCUUAUCUCGCAGCAUUGACUAUGUACUUCGCUCUGCUCACCUCAACAUCCACAGCUGCAGAUGGAAAGGUCACGGCUUUGUCACCUGCCGAGCUGCGGGAUCAUCCGGUCAUGGAGGGCUUGGUACAAUGCCGCGAGCUGUGGAGUAAGGUGAAGAACCUCUCGAUCGCGAACAAGAUCGCCGAUAGCGAUACGAGCAACGAGCUGGAGGCCAUUGAGGAGGAGCCGAACGCCGAUGUCUCGCCCAUGGACAUCGAACCCCGCACUUCGGAAGGUGCCAUGGCGCCACCAAAGACCAAGAAGAAAACUAAGGCACAACGUGCCGCAGAAGCCGCCCAAGCUGCAGCCGAAGCUAAGCGAGCCGAACGCCUUCGUAAGACAGAGGAGGAGCUUGCCGCCCUGUCAUCCCUUACCGAUAAGGAUGCCCUGCGCAAGGCGUCGAAGACGACCAAGUCCAAGAAGCCGUCGGCAGUCUCUUUCGCAAACGACGAUGAUUCGGACUUUGGCGACGAGACGGAGCUCAACAAGCACGAACUGGAUGAGAAACUCCGGAAGAAGAAGAGCUUGCGCUUCUACACCUCGCAGAUCGCACAGAAACAGAACAAGCGCGGCGCAGCAGGCAAGGAUGUGGGCGGAGACGCUGACAUUCCUUAUCGGGAACGUCUUAAGGAUCGUCAAAUCAGGCUCAAUGCUGAAGCCGAGAAGCGUGGAAAGAAGGCGCUGGCUCCUGAGGAAGAGCUGGGUGGUGACAGUGACGACGAGGACAGACGGCAAGCGCGACAGAUUAGAGACGAAGCCGCCAGCGAGGACGAAGAGUACUACGACAUGGUCACUGCGCGCUCGAAGCAGAAGAAGGCAGACAAGGCGGCGGCAGCGGCGGCUUACGCAAAAGCUGCGCGGGAGGGUGCGCAGGUUAUCGAGACAGAGGAGAUCGGGGCGGAUGGAAAGCGCAAGAUCAGCUAUGCCAUCGCCAAGAACAAGGGUCUCACGCCGCACCGUAAGAAGGAUGUGCGCAACCCCCGUGUCAAGAAGAAGAAGAAGUACGAGGAAAAGAAGAAGAAGCUGGGCAGCAUCAGGCAGGUCUACAAGGGUGGCGAGGGCCGCGGUGGUUACAAGGGAGAGUUGACGGGUAUCAAGAAGGGGUUGGUCAAGAGUGUGAAGCUAUAG